UCGAAGAAGAAGAGCGUCGCGGGGUUCGUGGCAGCUGCAGUGACGGGGACGAGUAUCGUGCUCGGCUUCUGGGGCGGGAUUGGGGGCGGGUCAUGGGUACCCUCUGAGAAGGGCUGGGUCGGGACAGUCGUAUUUGGGGCGUAUGCAGGACUCGUGGCUGCCUUUCUGCUUAUAUCACCAUAUAUAAUCGUCUCUUUACGUAACACAAAUAACAUACCCAUGCCUGUUGACCACUACCACGCUCUUAAAGUACCAAGGAAUGCAUCCAAGGCCCAGAUAAAGUCCUCUUUCUACCAGCUCAGCAAGGCCCACCAUCCAGACCUCUCCGCUCACCCUGACUCCCCAGACCACUUCCGUCGUGCUUCAGAGGCCUAUGCUGUCUUGUCUGACGACAGACAGAGGCGUGCCUAUGACAGGUCCCUUACUACCGUACCACCACACCCACGAGAACACGCAUUUUUCCGUACCACUACUUGGGAGACGAGAAACAGACCACCCAAUGCAAAGUUUGCCUGGACGGCUAGAAAACCAAGGCCGGUAUACCACACAUCGACUGGUGUAAAGUUUGGUGCCGGGUUGCGUGACCGGACACACCCUGUUUACCAGAAUGUCUCUCAACGCCACUCCGACGAGCACAAGGCCCAUAUCGCAUUCAGUCGCAUAUCAGGCACUGCCAGAGCCCUACAGCUCCUCGCCGGGUUGAGCGUAGUCAUGUGGGUCUUGGGUUCAAGUGGAAAGGAGUCGGGAUAGACAGUACGGCGCUUGAAAAUUAGACCCUUUACAGACGAUACGUAUAAAUUACCUGCAAUCACGCCCCUGUGACU